GAACAUAUUUUUAAUCUUCAACUUUUAAACUGGAACCAAUAAAAUUUCAUACUUUUGUUGACUAAUAGAACCAGCCAUUAAAUAUUUAUUAACAAACUUAACAGUUGACUUUCAACAUGUCUAGAACGGCUUGAUCAACAAAAGUAUAAGAUUCAUUUGUCAUUGACUGAAAAUUUGGUGAUUAAAAUGACGUGUUUGUGAGUUGAGACUUUUUGUAACUUACAUGAAAAUUAAAACUUUUAAAUAGAUUUUCACGAAAUAUUUUAAUAAAAUAUUGCUAGUGAUUUUCAUUUUUUUAAAUUUUGUCAUUAAAAGCUUAUUCUAUUGCUCAAACAUGAAGUUGUUUGGGAAGUCAUACCUGAAUAGAACAACCUACGAAAAACAUUUCUCUAUGGAUAGCUCUAGCAGUCGUAACUAAAAAAUCAGCAAUAUGGUCAUGUCCUCAAGGGAUGUAUAAAAUCUUAAAUGUGUGAAAUAUAUGUCGUAAGACCUCUAUCUCCUUCAGCUCCAUUGAAAAAUUUGGCGACUCGCUUUAUUCUCUAAUCAUAGCUAUCAAAUCCUUGUAGUCCAUUCCAAAAUUAUGGCAAGUUGAGUGAUGAAACACUUUCCAAUUCCUGGGCAAGUGCUUCGAGCUCCAAGUGCAAAGACGACUCUUGUUUUUUUGUUUUUUGGUUUUUUGUUCCAAUUUGUUGAAUUUUCCUGACAUGUAUAUCCAAACACAUCAAGAUUGACUACACUGUGUUGUAGAAUUCUAAGAACCAUCCACCAGUAUUACUGAUUUUGUUUAAAAGUGAAUUACUAAGAAACAUAACACAUACACAUGGGAAGAACAAGGAAACAUAGCUGCUAAAGCACAAAGACUGCUUUACAACACUACAUCUUGUGGGCAAAGCAUUUAGGUUGUGAAGAUACAACAAAAUCUUCCUCCUGACAAAAAAAAAAGUAUAAUGGAAAAUAAAAUAACAUCGAUCUUAUCAAGAAUCAACACAAGACAAACAUUACUAAACAAAGUUUUCUAAUUAAAGUGAGACAAAAAGAAAUGAUUUCAGAAAACAAUGUUGGAAAAGUGAUAGUCCCUGUCCCUACACAAGCAUCAUGUGGUUGGAGGAGCUAUGGCCCCAUGGCACAAUCAGCACUCAAACAAGUCCUGAAAUUGGAUAAUCUCUUAUGGGUCCCAAAUCUUCUCGUCUCAUUUGAAAAGAAGAUAAUACCAAUUCUUAAACAAAUCUUAGUCUCCAAUUUUAUAUAUAACAAGAUAAUUAUCAGUCCCCACUCACUUAAUCAGUACCUCAAGCUAUAUAUAAGACCACUUUGAAUUCCAUAGAAACAGUAAGAAGCAACAACAAAACAAAAGAGAGAGAAGAUACUUUGAUUCAAAGCUUAAGAAAAUGUCUUCCACUAAAGCCUUCCAAGAACAAGUCCAUGGCGGUUUUAUCUCUAGAAAGCUGCUUCUGCACAACCCAUUUGACCACAACACUCAACAAACCUUCAUGGUCGCACCAUCUCCCCUCAUUACACAUGAGAACAACCUCAGUGGGAAUGUCUUGAUGCUUCUCUCAGUCCUCAUCUGUGGAAUCAUCUGCUGCCUCGGUUUACAUUAUAUCAUUCGUUGCGCAUUUAGACGUACUUCAAGUUUCAUGAUCUCUGAGCCUAUCUCCAGUCUUUCAACACCACAUGGGUCAUCAAACAAAGGAAUCAAGACGAAAGCUCUUAAUAUGUUCCCGGUCGUGAGUUACUCAACUGAGAUGAACUUGCCAGGGGUCGGUGAAGAAUGCGUCAUCUGUUUGUCGGAUUUUGUUUCUGGUGAAAAGCUCAGGCUGCUCCCUAAGUGCAACCACGGGUUCCAUGUUCAUUGCAUUGACAAGUGGCUUCAACAACAUUUGACUUGUCCAAGCUGCAGACACUGUCUUGCUGAGACAUGCCAAAAGAUCUUAGGUGACUCCAGUCAAGUGACAGCAACACCAUCAGAGAGCAUAAUUGUCAGGAUAGCUCCUCUAGAGCCUGAAGGAAGAUUAAACACUUUAAGAGAAAACAUCUAAAUGCUCAGAAACCAUCAUAAGUUCAGAAUCUCUGUGCUCAAGUUAGAUAGAAUUUUUUUUUUUUAGAUCUGAGCGCAGCUCAUGUCUAUUGCCAUAGAAGAGUUCCGAAAGAAAAAAAACAGAAUAGUUCAAAUUUUAACAAAUCU